GGUUGGUUGGGCUUGUGUUUACAGCUCGGCUGGAUGCUGUGGGCUGCUGAUGUUCCUGGGAAAGUGCAAUGUCCUUCCAAGCGCAAGUGGAAUAAGAAAUAACAGUGGGAAUAAAGGUGAUUUUGCUCAUCAUCUCCCACCGCUUCCUCCUCCUGUCUUCCAUUCAUGAGCAGCAUAGCUGAAUUUUACAGCGGAAGCCAUGGAUGACAAGGGCUCGGUGGGGAAGAUUAGUGUGUCUUCAGACUCUGUGUCCACUCUCAACAGUGAGGACUUUGUCCUUGUGUCCCGGCUGGGGGAUGACACACCCUCCUCCACUAAUAAUGGUAGUGAUGAUGAAAAGACAGGACUGAAGGUGAUUUCUGAGGAAGGGGUCAGCUUUAAGAUUGUAGGAAAUGGUAGUGAGCAGCAGCUUCAGAGGGAGUUAGAGGAUGUUCUUAUGGAUCCAUCAGUGGCAGACGCUGGACUUGGAUCAGACACUGGGAUGGCCAGUCUCACUGGGGAUGACCACGGUGGCGACCAUGGCCUUCUGUCAAAUACGUCACCUGUACCACCAGGCUCUGACCCUCUGAGCGUCGCACCACCCAAGUUAGAGAUGGUGCUUCCUGUUCAAACAGCUCAGGAGAGUGAGCUGAAUGAGAGGUCUUACAGAGGUGAUGAAUCGUCUUCAGAAGGCAGCCCUGGCAGUCCAAUUCCAGAUGAGGACAGCGUUGUGUUCAGUCAGCUGACAUAUCUCGGGUGUGCUUCAGUCAAUGCCCCCCGGAGUGAGGUGGAGGCCCUUCGUAUGAUGAGUAUUUUGAGAGGGCAGUGCCAACUCCCCCUGGAUGUCACACUCUCUGUGCCAGGCGUGUCUGAAGGCACUGUCAGGUUGUUGGAUCCCCACAACAACACAGAGAUUGCCAACUACCCAAUCUAUAAGAUUCUGUUCUGUGUACGAGGCCAUGACGGUACACCAGAGAGUGACUGCUUUGCUUUCACUGAAAGCCACUACAAUGCUGAGAUCUUCAGGAUCCAUGUGUUUCGCUGCCAAAUCCAAGAGGCGGUGAGCAGGAUACUGUACAGCUUUGCCACAGCUUUUCGGCGGUCGGCCAAGAGGGCGUUCCUGUCAUCUCAGCAGGCUGCUCCACUCACCCCUGACAGUGACUUGUUUACCUUCACUGUCAGUUUGGAGAUCAGGGAGGACGAUGGCAAGGGUACCUUCAGUGCUGUAGCAAAAGACAAGGACAAACAGAGCUUCAAGCUGCGUGCAGGACUGGACAAGAAAAUUGUCAUUUACGUCCAGCAGACCUCCAAUAAGGAAUUGGCAAUUGAGAGGUGUUUUGGACUCCUACUCAGCCCAGGGAAAAAUGUGAAAAACAGUGACAUGCACCUGCUAGACCUGGAGUCAAUGGGAAAGAGCUCAGACGGAAAGUCUUACAUCAUCACAGGAAGUUGGAACCCCAACACGCCUCAGUUUCAGGCUGUGAAUGAGGAAACGCCCAAAGAUAAAUUCAUGUACAUGACGACAGCAGUGGACCUGGUGAUCACAGAAGUAGAGGAGCCGGUCCGUUUUCUGCUCGAGACGAGGGUCAGAGUGUGUUCUCCAAAUGACAGGCUGUUCUGGCCUUUUGGCAAACGCAGCUACACCGAGACCUUCUACCUGAAACUACGACAGAUGGAGAGGAAAGAACGCAAGAGUCCUUCUUCUGACACUCUUUAUGAGGUGGUAAGUUUGGAAAGUGAGACUGAGAGAGAAAAAAGGAAAACCACUGCAAGUCCCAACAUACUUCCCACCGGGCCUGGUACCAUGGCUCCUUCGCCACCUGAGGAUGAUGAAGAGGAAGAUAACGAUGAGCCCUUACUCAGUGGGUCGGGAGAUGUUUCAAAGGAAUGUGCAGAGAAGAUCCUGGAGACCUGGGGAGACUUAUUAUCCAAGUGGCACAUGAACCUGUCAGUGCGUCCCAGACAGCUACCAGCUUUGGUUCGGAGUGGCAUCCCUGAGGCGCUUCGUGGGGAGGUGUGGCAGCUCCUGGCUGGCUGCCACAACAAUGACCACCAGGUCGAAGAGUACCGCACUCUGAUUACGAAGGAGUCUCCUCAGGACAGUGCAAUCACCAGGGACAUUAACAGGACGUUCCCAGCUCAUGACUACUUCAAAGACACUGGAGGGGAUGGCCAAGACUCCCUCUACAAGAUCUGCAAGGCUUACUCUGUGUACGAUGAGGAAAUUGGCUACUGCCAGGGACAGUCCUUUUUGGCUGCAGUGCUGCUACUGCACAUGCCAGAGGAGCAAGCGUUCAGUGUUCUGGUGAAAAUAAUGUUUGAUUAUGGGCUCAGGGACCUGUUCAAACAAAACUUUGAAGAUCUACAUUGCAAGUUCUUCAUACUUGAGAGACUCAUGCAGGAAUAUAUUCCAGAUCUUUACAACCACUUCCUGAACGUGGGGCUAGAGGCUCACAUGUACGCCUCUCAGUGGUUCCUCACCCUCUUCACAGCCAAGUUCCCUCUUUACAUGGUCUUCCAUAUAAUCGACCUGCUACUGUGUGAGGGCAUUAGUGUGAUCUUUAACGUAGCCUUGGCACUUCUAAAGACAUCAAAAGAUGAUCUAAUCCAAACAGACUUCGAGGGUGCUCUCAAAUUCUUUCGUGUCCCGGUUCCAAAGAGAUACCGUUCCGAGGAAAACGCAAAGAAACUGAUGGAGCUGGCAUGUAGCAUGAAGAUCAGCCAGAAAAAGUUGAAGAAAUAUGAGAAGGAGUACCACACCAUCCGGGAGCAGCAGGAGCAAGAAGAGGCUCCUAUUGAGAGAUAUGAGCGGGAGAACCGUCGUUUGCAAGAGGCCAACAUGCGGCUGGAACAGGAGAACGACGACUUGGCACAUGAACUAGUUAGCAGCAAGAUAGCUCUACGCAAGGACCUGGACAAUGCCGAAGAGAAGGCAGACGCCCUGAAUAAAGAACUGUUGCUGACCAAACAAAAACUGGUGGAUUCAGAGGAUGAGAAGAGACGGCUGGAGGAAGAAUCUGCGCAGUUGAAGGAAAUGUGCCGACGAGAACUCGACAAGUCUGAAUCAGAGAUUAAGAAGAAUGGCACCAUUAUCGGGGAAUACAAACAGAUUUGCUCCCAGCUGAGCCAACGGCUAGAGCAGCAACAGACCGCCACCCGCGGAGAACUGGAGAAGAUCAGAUCCAAGGUUGAAGGCUGUGAAAAGUGCAGCAGUCUCUUUAACAAAGAGGGUCGCAUACGGGUUGCAGCGACCAAGGCGCCAGCCGGUGGACCCGACGAGACGGAUGAGGAGAAGGAGAGCUUAAAGAACCAGCUGAGGGAGAUGGAGCUCGAACUAGCCCAGACCAAACUGCAGCUGGUGGAGGCUGAGUGCAAAAUCCAGGACCUGGAGCAUCAUCUCGGUCUGGCUCUCAACGAGGUGCAGGCCGCCAAAAAGACCUGGUUCAACCGAACGCUCAGCUCCAUCAAAACCGUCACUGGGACCCAGGGCAAGGACACCGCUUAACAUAACCCCCCCCCUCAGUUUUAACCAGACAUGUCUGGCGCUCAGUGCAACUCAUCACACUCACACCUCCAGACCCCCCUAAUGUACCCACUGGGUCAUAACUUUAACUUGAACAUUAACCGUUACAUUUAAUGAUCUCUUCUUGUCCCUCUUUUCAUAAAAAAAGAAAAAACUGUCCUUGUCUUUGCCUUACCCCGUCUGGCCAGAUGUUUUCUCUUCAACACAAAUCCACCAAAUGACUUCAGGCAAGCAGAACAGAUGACGAGGGGAUCAAAACACCAGAAGUACAACGAAACCACUUCCGACUCAGAGACGAUGUGCUUACACGAAGAGAACUGUUCAGAAGAAGAAAAAAGGAGAAAUGCUUGAUUUAUUUUUUGUCUCUUUACUGCUGAUAUGAAAGACUUUCAGAGGGACAGGAAGGACAUCAGAACUGUAUUUAUCCUGACGGGAUAGAGAAUAAAACACUCCGUCCUUCCUCACCUCUUUGUUAGCCCCCUCCCCCCCUAAACUACUGGCACAAAACAAGUCCUUUUUUUUGGUUUAGGUACGAGAGCUUAGACGCCUUUUCAAAACUGAGCUUUUUCCAAUUUUUGUUGAAUAAUAUCUUUCUUUUUUCUAUGUGUUUUCACUGAUGUGCUUAUGUAAAGAGGAGGUGUUUGUGUGUGCGUGGAUGAGCAACUUUUUUUUUUGUGUUGAAUGUGAUCUGUAUUCGUUCAAGUUUGUGUGACUGAUUGGGGAACAAAAUAUAUGAAUGCAUGACAAAAUGUGCAAAGGGUGUUUGAGACUAAGAAGAGGAGAACUUGUGGACGUUUAAGGGAAAAAAGAAAAGCACUAAGGUUAUGAGUGUGUGCAUGCAAGACUGUCUCAUGCCCCCCAACAAAAUGUUCAAAUGUUUAUAUGAAUGUUGUUACAGAUGAGUUUGCUGACAAAGUCUGGAUUUGAAAGUUUAUGAAGAAGGUAGCAAUGGAUGUGAAUAUGGAGUCUAUGGAAGUGUAACAGCUGUAGCAUUAACAAACAGCAACGCAAAUUUCCGCAUAAGAAACGCACACUUGAGAUUUGUUUGGUUUAGAUCUUCCAGCACAAAGAAACUUAAAAAAAAGCCAUUUUAAACCUCAAGUGUGUUACAUGAUUAAUAUAUGUUGUAAGGAAACUGCACUUAAACGCGCCUCUGUCACCAGUGUCUCUGUGGCCGUUGAUGUUAACUGUCAUGGUCAAGUUUAAGCUACUACAAACACUGAACCAGUGAACGGUGUAAAGUAUUCAGACCCCUUUACAUUAUUCCCUCUUUGUUUCAUUGCAGCCAUUUGGUGAAAUCAAAAAAAAGUUUAUUUCUCAAUGUACACUCAGCACCCCAUCAUGACAGAAAAAAACAGAAAUGUAGACAUUUUUGCAAAUUUAUUAAAAAAGAAGAACUGAAAUAUCCAGUCGUCCUUUUUGAUUUUACCAAAUGGCUACAAUGAAACAAAGGGAUUUAAAGGGGUCUGAAUACUUUCAGUACCCACUGUAUGUUACGGUUAAAGCAUCUCUAUGUAGCAGCACCACUUCUGACCACUGGGGGGCAGCACAUUACAAGAAAGUUCACUUGUAUGACAACAAAACGAUAUCGCUAGACAUGCUGGGCAACACAGUACUGGCAGAGACUCUUUUGUCAGCACAGCAGAUCUAUUUGCCCCUAUGUAGUCAGUAGUGGUAUUCCUACAUAGGGUGCCUUUAAUGUGUAGAACAAAAAGUUGCCACUUUAUUAGUAACAUCAACUUCUUACCGUUGUCCUCCAUGUUCUAAAUUGUGCAACCUGCUUCAGGUUUUUAGGCACAUCUAAAAAAAAAUGUUAUUGGUGGAAGAUGAAAGAGGUUAGCUUUGCAGGGGAUUUUAAUGUAAAGAUAAAUAUAAUAUAGUUAGCAGAGAGGACGCAGGCAGAAAGUGGUGUUUUAGUUCAUGUUGUUCAUCAAAACUGGGUGAUGGAAAUCUGGAAACUGCUACAUGAUGCAACAGUAUAGUUUCUCUUGUUAGUUAAGGUUGAGUCAGACAAUGAAGCAUCAAAUAUCACUUGAAUGCCACAGUGUACGGUCAGUUUUGCUGUCCACUGUCCUCUAUAAUCAUUUGAAAAUGGCUUCUUUUUUUUUUUGUCCAGCUGCCUUCACUCGACCUUUUAAAUGCAACAGAAACUGUAAUAAAUCUGAAGGGGUUUGGUCAUCUCAGUCGAACCGGACCAGAGCAAAAACAAAAAAAAGUGUCAGAAACACUCAGUACUCUGACAAACUCAUUCCUCAAAGCAGAUGUCACUCAGUUCUGGGGAGAUUCAAAUGUCAGAGUGCUAAUGGAGUGUGUCCGCACACCUGUCAGCAAGCAAAGGUGCAGCUCUGAAGUAUGACGGGAGUCGUGCCUAAAGGGGCAGGACGGCAGAGAAAUGUCAGCAGAGACCAAAGUUCAGGUCAAGCAGUCAAGUGCUAUAAAUGAGUCUGCGGGGCCUGAGGGCCGUCCAGAAAGAGCUCGUGUGUGUGUUUUCAUACUUAGUUGACUCAUGUCACGGCCAACAGAUAAUAUUCCAGUUUCUACUCGUCCUUCGCUCUAAAAGACUAUAAAACAAAAAAAAAAGACAAAGCACCUUUUCUUUUGGCUAAAACUAACUGUCUCUGUAAAUGUCAUCGUAACUUGAAUCGUGGCGUCUGAUUGGCUGGAAUCUGCUUGUGACAUCACAGCAAGAGUCUCGUUCCUCUCAUGGCACUGGGUUGUAAAUAGCAAAACGUUAAAAAUAAAUAUUACAUUUUUUUUCUCGUGUAGGAUUUUCUACUCUAACUUCAACUAACGUUGCCUACCUGUGCCCACCCACCUGCUGCUGUGCUACAGAUUAAUCCACCACAAGAUUGUUUGUUGUUUUUUUUUGCUCCAAGCUUCUCAGUGGCACUGCUGUUUGGUUAAUUAAUGCCAAAACAUAGCUUUAUCAUCCAACCAGAAGAUCAUUAUCAAAGUGUGGACAUUGUAAUAGAGUAGACUGCAUUGUGUAUACUUCAUGAAUUUAAAUAUAAGAAAAAUAUCAACAUGAGAA